GGCGGCGGCCGAAGAGCGCGGGCGGCGGGUUUGUCUGGUGGCAGAUCCCAAAGCCAUGCACCCAUUCUCCUGUUCUCUGGGACCCUGAGACCUCCCGCUGGCUUCCCGGAGCAAUAGUGCGUCUCUCGCUUCUGGACCCUCUUGCACCAUUUUCUGCCUCCCCUAGGCUUGUAUGGAUGCCUGCUUCUCACGGACCAUCUCCUCCCUGGCCUCUGCUCCAGCAGGCCCUCUCCAGUGGUUUGGGGUAGGGCAGCAGAUGCAAGGACCGAAAGGAGUUUCUUGGGGCCACAAGUUGCAGUGUUCCUCUCCCAGAAGUCAGGACAGCAACCUUGGAGGCUUUGUUUCAACCCUUUCAGGCAGGCAAAAUCAACUUGAUCAACGUGGAUCGUUCGGCAUGAACUCUAUCCUAUCCUGCCUAAUUUGGUAGGCUGCAGGUACCUCUAAAGUAGCAGAUCAUUCCUGCAUAUUAACACCAGGUAAACCACGUCAGAAAGGCCUGCUGAGAGCAGGGUGGGAAAGGAUCCCAACAGAGGCCGGUUUUUUCCAAAGUACAAACUAGUUCUGCAUCAUUUUUCCUUGGGACCACAAGCUCUGAGAUCCAGCGCUGCUUUUAUUCCUGCACGGUUUGAUUUUGGGGGAGCUGGUUUCAGUUCUUCUUUCCUGAAAAGGACUUGAAGGAUCAUUUCUAUGCACAGGUUUAUACCCCACGGCGCCUGCUGGUUACCUUUCUAGCGAAAGCUGUUUCCUUAAAACGGAGAAGGGGAGAGAGUGCACUUACAAUGUGAUGUAAAGAUUGCUCCCGGGCAAAGGUCCCUUUGGAUUUUGUGUCCUGCGUUUGGGACAGCCUUCUUGCAAAAAUCCCGCGAUGGGUUCUUUCUGCAAGCCCUGGGAGAGUGGAAUUGCCCGAGGUGACGGGCCUCGCUUUUGAUACCGCCAGGUGUCUGCUGAUUGCAUGCUUUUGACUAGGUCAACGGAGAGAUUCGAGUGGCAGAAUAAACGCGAGGGUUCUGACUGUGAGAAUUCGAUCCCUCCGGACAGUGGCUUGUGGCUACAUGGAAGACCUGGGCAAGUCCACCUCGUGGCUGCAGGCCGAGUUGGCCUCUCCUACUCCCCACCUGCAUAUCCUUGACUGCCGUAGCCGGGAACUGUAUGAUUCUUCCCACGUGGAACGGGCGCUAAGCGUGGCCCUUCCAGGACUGCUGCUGCGCCGCCUCCGGAAGGGGAACCUCUCGGUCAGGUCCUUGCUCCCUGGGCCACAGCCCGACCUCGGAGGUAACACUGUGUUGCUGUACGAUGAGGGGACGCUCCGCCUGUCCCAACCGGGGACCCCGGAGGAGGACAACGAAGAGUCCGUGUUAAUGACCCUGCUGCAGAAGCUACAAGAAGAAGGGUGCCUGGCCUACUACCUGCAAGGAGGCUUCAGUAAAUUCCAAGCUGAGUGCCCGCAUCUUUGUGAGACCAACCUGGACCCCGGCAGUGCCAGCAUCUCUCCUGUGCCCGUGGCAGCUCCUGUCGUAGGGCUGGGUGGCUUAAGCCUCAGCUCGGACUGCUCAGAUGCCGAGUCAGAGCCCCUGAGCAGCGGCAUGGAAUCCGAGGGGGCCAGCCCGCCCUCCUUCCCCGUGCAGAUUCUGCCAAACCUCUACCUGGGCAGCGCCCGUGACUCUGCCAACAUGGACACUCUGGCCAGUUUGGGGAUUCACUACAUCCUGAACGUCACUCCCAACCUGCCCAACCUCUUUGAGAAGAACGGCGAUUUCCAUUACAAGCAGAUCCCCAUCUCGGACCACUGGAGCCAGAACCUCUCGCAGUUCUUCCCCGAAGCCAUUGAGUUCAUUGAUGAGGCCCUGUCUCGGAACUGUGGAGUUCUGGUGCACUGCUUGGCAGGGAUCAGCCGCUCGGUUACUGUCACCGUAGCCUACCUCAUGCAGAAGCUGCACCUGUCCCUCAACGAUGCCUACGACCUGGUGAAGCGGAAGAAGUCCAAUAUCUCACCCAACUUCAAUUUCAUGGGGCAGCUGCUGGACUUUGAGAAGUCCCUGGGGCUCAGCAAGGGCAGCCGGUGUCCUGCCUCUGGCCAGAGCCGUUUCUUCACCUCGCCCGCUGAUGACGGUGUCUUUGAACUGGACCCAACGUAGAGAUGAAAGGUGCUGGCUUCUUGUCGUCCUCUACUCUUCAGUUCUGUCUGCUGCCCUGGGGGCAGAGCCCUGUCGGAGCAACAGAAUACCUCAUGCCUGAGAGCAAGGCACUUCUUUCGGAACCCGCAGCCUCUUCCUGAGAAGGAUCUGCUUACCUUUGUUCUCUGAUGUGUCCAGAGCGGUACUUGGUUAGCUACCAAUCUUUCAGACAAGCUGGCAGGGCCACAGAAAUAACCAAAGACUCUUCCCACCCCUCCACCAGCUCCACCCAAGAGCCCUGCACAGAUUCUGGAUUCUGCUGCUUCUGCAGUGGCUUUUUUCCGUGGACACAUGUUGAACCGUCCAGAUUAAACUAAGGAUGUGGAAUGGGCCGUGUCAAGUCUGGAAGCUUCCAGUUUCUAGUGGCCUCCAUCUUAAUGUAAAAGGUUUCCUGUUAUAUAGACCUAAUUUAGACAUGAACGCCAUGCAGUUCUUACAUGUGAAUCCUUCAUGGCGAGGACUUCCGGUUUGAGAAUGACAUCCUUCAGCUAAGUGCAAGACAAGGAAGACUAUGAUUUGAAAAAAAUAUUUUCCAAGGUCACGUCUCAGUGGCAAGCUGUCCCCCAGCUAAAAUACUUUGUGGAUGGUUUUAGAACAGCGGAAUCCACACGUCAGCAUAUCUAGAAUCCAAGAACAUCAGCAUAUGUUGUCUGAGACUCUAGAGUUGCCUUAAGGAGACUCCAAUGCAAUGCCAGGUCAGAUACCCAAAACCAUAGAACAAGGAUGGAAACUGUGCCCUCCCUUCACAAAGCCCUUUCAGUCUAGAAGAGCAACAGGAAUUGCCUCCAUCACAGUGGCAUGGAGUUCUUGCAGCUCUGGAAGUGGGACACGUUAAAAAUCUCCAAGGUGGCCGUUGGGUCAGGAACCGGCAGUGUUGGCCGUGAGUGCAGCAGUCUGCGUAACCGUACCUCAUCCCCCUGUCUCUCAGCUCUGGAUUGUCUCCCUAUCUCAGAAGCGGCUCCUCUGGCAAUUCACCCAGCUCUUUCAGAAUGGUGGAAGGAAAAGGGGGAGAUUCAGAAUAGAUUCACAUUAGGAAACCAGCCGGAGAACACCAGUAAUGGGUGGCAGAGUAAUUGAUCUUGAACAGAGGCGGAGCGCUCCCAGUGAGUGAGUGUGUGUGUGUGUAUGUGUGUUAAUGCCAGCAUGCCAGCAAUCCCAUCCGUUGUGUGUGUACACACCAGGCAGUGUUGACAUACCGGCAUGGAGGGCUUCAUUUGUGCCCCAGAACUUAGUCCCAGAACGCUUCAGGGCUCCAGGGUUCAGCCUUGGCUAAGAGAGCAUAUCUGAAUAUAUAUACACAAGAACUGGUAAGGGAAAAAACCCAAAUGAGCAGAGUGGUUUUGUCAUUGUACUUCCUCCCCCUCUCCUGACCAGAAGUCCUAGAGGCUCUACUUCUGUCUCAAAGUGUAUGACUCCCAAACUUACCAGCAACUCUGUUGUGUUUUUUAAUUAAAUUAACUACUACACAACAAGAGUGACAAGGCUACACAUUCGUGUCCCUAUGUCAAAAUAUGUCCGAAGAGCUGCAGACUCUUGGUUCGUUCAUUGUGUGUCUGCCACAAUUCCGCAGGAGUGCUAUUGAAGCACGGAAUGUGGUGUUCUCAGCUUUGAUUCAUCAUGUGUGUGUCUGGUUUUAUUUUGAAAGUUUUAGCCCUUUCAGCUGUGAAGAAGGGCUAGGAAGUGUGUCAGCCACAGCUGUUAAGACCUCCAGCAACCGGAGAGAUAGGUCGGUGGGGUGGUAGGGUCAAUGCCCUGCAUAACUUCUUAUGCUGUGACUAGUAAAUCCAGAAUAAAUUAUGCAACAUAGUACCAACUGCAGAAUAAAUUAUGCAAAAACAAGAACAGUUUUGCAAAUUUACUCAGCAUAAUGCGGGUGUGUGUGCGCAUGCGCUGCAGAGUCCAUCUUGUCUUGGCACUGAACUUGGACUGCCUGGGUGAAGAAUUUUUUUUUAAAAGCAUGGGGUAAGCUGUUCUUUGUCUUUGUUCUUUGUGCAUAAGCAUCAGGUUUGCACAUGGGCGCGUCUCUGGAAUGGUGCUCUUUUAUGGACGUGGAAAGCCUGUCUGGAGAGAGGCUGCCCUUCGACAGCUGGUUUCUCUGCCAUGGUUUGCUUUCCAGGUGAAUGCCAGCGGCUCCGGAGCUGAAGGAGAGGAGGGCAACCGCGCUCAUUGCCAUGGAAAACAGUUUCUUCAA